AUGUCAAAUGGCGAUCUGGGAAUGGCCACGGGUACCGGGUAUGGCCUGGCAGACGAUGAGCCCGAAAACUAUGACGAUUUCAUGAUCUCAGACGAUGAAGUAGACGCGGAAAUUGAGAUGGACGAUGCAAGCGAUGACUCGUUCGAGCAGCCCAGCGAUCCCGCUAAACCCCACACAUCCAACGUCUACGGCAAUCUAGUCUCCGCUGCGCAAGAUUUGGUAGAGCAAAAGCGGUUCAACGAGGCAGGUCAAGUUUUGGCCAAAGCUGCGCUGCAACCUCAAGCCCACGCAACAUUUGCAGCUGCGUUACAAAUUGUGCGUUGUAGGUACCAUAUGUGGGCUGGGGGUUUAUCCAGUCUGCCGAUUGACACAAUUGGGUUCACUCCUGUGCAAGAAGCCAUCGACAAUCUAGAGGGUGCGCUUGACCUUGACCCAAUACACAACAACCAACAAUUCAGUUUCCAAGACCUCGUGAACGAGAUUGCUCCUCCGCUUAACUCAAUUUUCGUCCUAGAUCCAUCCUGGCACGAGAACAGGGUUCCAAUUUCCUGUUCCAGGCUCUUUUUGACACAUUGCAAGCUGCUGGGCAACCAGCUCAUCCCCAAUCUAUGGCGGUCUCGAAUGCUGCAGUACGAAAUUGCAGUAAUGCGACUGAGCAUCGACGACACAGUAGCUGCAGAGCGCGUUUUAGUGGAAGAGUUGUAUCAAUCAAGCCAGGAUCAACUCAGCAACCUUGAAUUUCUUCUAGCGUGGUUCAUAUCCACAACACUGAAUGACACUAAAGCGGAAGAGGCGGCGAUUUGCGAGGAGCUUGUGAGUCGCUCUUUCUCGCUUUUGCAAAAGUCCCUCACACGACCUUUAUCCAUGAUGGCCAUUUUGCAUUUCACACAAGCAUACCUCUCACUAGACCAACUCUCCACUUCCAACAAAAAGCUCACUUUACAUUGUAACGCAAAAUUCUGGGAAUCCUUCAAGUGUUUAGAAGAACUGGGGAAUAAAACGUCUUUCCGAGAUUUGGUUCUGUGUGCGUUCAUUUUGACGAGUUUGCUUCAACUAGGCCAAAAAACCCAACUAGACGAUGUCAUUUCCCCUUUCGAACUAGAACAGAUCAAGAUCUUGGAAUCCCAGUUCACGCGGCACUUGGAAGAGCUAUACCAAGCGUUUGUCGACUACAACCUUGACGACUUUGCAAUUGCGCUGGCCGCAACGCAGCAGUCAACUUUUUCACACGUCUUGCGUCCUUUGUUCCCGUCUGUGGUCCGCUUGUUGCAGGUGCGCAUGUUGUGGCACCGUUUGGCAGUUUGUUACUCAUGUAUAUCACUGUCCGACAUCCAGGGGCUUUUAAAGGUCGGUGAGCUGCCAGAACUAACCCGCAAUUCGAUUCUUACUAUCCUCAUGCAAAGUAUCAUGGAUGAUACCGCUCCGGUGUUCUUCAAGCUGGAUUUGACCCAAGAUUUGGUAUAUUUCGGAGACGAGGUCCGCGGACCGCUCACUUCUUACACGAGAGACACCUACUUAUCCACACGAGACCCCAACGGCCAGCAGUCUGGUCUUCACGCGCUGGGGCAUGGUGAAUCGGCCGCUAUUCCCGUCGAUGAGUGGCUAGGAAGCAUUGGUAUUUUCAACUUACCACCGCGUAGAUUGAAGGGUUUACGACCUUUGAAAUUACUGCAAGAACUGAAGCAUGCGCGAGAGAUGUCUCCGGCCGUAAGCGAUAGCCCCAGCCGUAAUGCACAGCUCAAGUUCUCUGAAAUGGCAGCGCAUGUUCGCGAAGUGCUACAGUAA